CCGACUUUUGACAACAACAAACAGCUUUAAAUUAAGAGAAAAGUUUCUGGAGCCUUUUAUUGGUAAAAGGUCCAGAAUGAUUAAUCAAUGAAUUUAUUGAAGCAUGUUUUUCCUGAAAAUAACUACGAAGCUUAUGAAGGAAUACUACCACCAACUGUUUUCUUUCGUUUGACGAAGCAAGAAGAAAUUAUCAUUGGGUCGUCUUGUGAAAUUAAAUAUAAUGAUUUGCUAAUUUUUGGAAGCAUCUACAUAAGUACCUCUUUCCUUUGCUUCCAUAGUUUGGAUUUAAAGACUCGAUUUACGUUUCCUCUGUCGACUAUAAGACAAGUAGAAAGAACAGCUUCAGACACCAACGUGUUUGUUUUUGAUUUAAUAACCGUUCACAAUCAAACUAUUCAUCUUACUAUAAACGGUACACGUCAACAAUCCGAACUCUUUUGUGAUCGCUUAAUACGACAAUUACGAUUGACUUCGCAUGAGGCUGGUGAUGUUACAGAAUUCUUACAUGCUUUGGCAUCGGAAAAGCUUCUGCAUUCAGGGUUAUCCAUAAAAAAUAAUAAUGAGAAUCAAGCAACUUCAGAUCAUGGAUAUAAUUCUACAGGCUUGGGAAUGCAAUUUGGCUUUCCCUCUAAACUAAUAGACCCAGAAUUUAAUUCAGAAAGGGCAGAAAAGGAAGAAAUAGAUCAGUGGAAAAAGUAUUUUCUUGAAAACGGAGCCAAUUUUAAUUUUGUACAAACUCCUUCCUUCAUUAAGCUAAUUCAAAACGGUAUUCCGGACAAUUUGAGGGCGGACAUAUGGGAAACAUGUUCUGGAAGCUUAUAUUGGCGGUGGAAAUCGAAGGGUUUUUAUUACAAUAAUGUACAUAAAGUACUUGCAGAAACUUGUGAGUAUAGCGAUGAGAUUGAGAGAGAUUUAUCAAGAAGCUUACCGUCUUAUCCUGCUUAUCAAUCAAGUACAGGGAUAGAUGCUCUGAGGAAAGUAUUGAGAUUUUAUUCUGGAGUAAACAGUGACAUGGGCUACUGUCAGGCUAUAAAUAUCGUUGUUGCAGCCUUACUGGUUUACUGUACCGAAGAACAGGCUUAUUUCUUGUUCUCUCAGCUCUCUGAGCUGUACAUUCCUGGAUACUAUGGUAAAUUGAUUCACGGUCUUUUACUUGAUCUGACUGUCUUUGAGUACGUCUUACAACAAGCUCUUCCUCAUCUUUAUCAAAAAAUAUCUGAAAUGAAGAUGGACUUGAAACUUAUUACAAUAAACUGGUUUUUUUCACUUUUUAUCAAGGAUUUACGAUUGGAUUAUGCAAUGCGAAUCCUCGAUUAUUUCAUAACGAACGGACCUUGCGUUUUAUUUCAAACAGCUCUUGCUCUGUUUAAGAUUAAUGCUCAGGGAAUUCUAAAUGCCGCUGAUGAUGCAUCAAUUAUGAAAGUUUUUCAAGAUUGCUUUGCUAAUAUUAACUCCGAAUAUUUAACGACAGAAAUUGGAAGUACUAAUAGCAAACCAAUCUCAUGUACAUUUUCACAGCUUCAGGCCAUUGCUUUUGAAUAUUUUGACUUUAUUACCAAUAGUUAUAUAUUAGCAAAAAGAACAGAAUUUCGAGAAACGGUUCUCACUUCUUUAAAACUUUUUACUAAACGCUCGCAUCUUCGUGGUCUAUAUCAACAAACGAAUUUAUCAAACACAGACUUGGAGUAUCUUUACGAUGCUUUUAUCGAUGGUAUCGGUGAAGAUCAUCUAUGUCAUGGUCGCAUAUUGGAACAGAAAAUUGAUUACAAUGGCUUUGAAAAGCUUAUAAAAAAGUCGAUUCCACGGCAAAUUUUCUUCAAAAAGGCCAUCCAUUAUCAAAGAAGUGAACGAAAGCUAUUUAAAAGAUUAUAUAACUGGUUGAAUAAAAGUUUGGAUCUUAGCGUUCCGUUAAACUUUGAAAAGCUUGUUAUUGGUAUUGAAACAAUGAAUAUGUUAGCCGAAGAGGCUCCAGAAGUAUUCAGCUUUCAAUUAUAUGAUCUAAAUGAAGGAAAGGAACUACAGACGGAUCAAAUUGUUGAAUUAUCAGAAUCCUUAAUUCUUAUUUGCUGUUAUGAAGGGAAUCAUGAAGAUGAUGAAAGGCUAACAGUAAUAAGUGAUUUUUUGCGCUCUUGCUUUAAUAAACAUAGACAAAAUCAAAAGGAGUUUCGGAUAUCUCUAGAGCAAUUUCAGUAUAUUGCUGCAAACACUAUGCUACUACCAAUACUCAGGUUUUUUAUAAAGAAACUAGUCAAAGGAAUGCUUACGAAAGAAAACGCACCAUAAUAAAUGUGCGUUUACGAAAAGAUAUGCCAUUAUUGAUAAAAAGGAUGUUUUUCUGCACUUCGAUUUAUUGUUAUCUUAUGGCAUAGUUUGAACCCUACAGUAUUUAGGCUUUGUUAUUAAUAAUAUAAUUUGCAUUAUCGAUGUAUCCAGCCGUUUACAUUUAAUAUUGAAUUUAUAGGCCAUUUUCUGAUGGGUUCUACUUCAAGCGAGGAUUUGAAUCCUUCUUCAAACAUUCGUAUUCCCGUAUAAGCAACCAUAGCAGCAUUGUCACUACAAAGUUCCAAAGAAGGGUAAACAAGUUUUGUUUCAGGAAUUAGGCCUCUACUAUGAAGUGAAAUAAGCAAUUCUUCCAGCAUUUUCUUCAGAACGGAGUUUCUAGCAACGCCUCCACUACAAACUAGAAAACGCACAUCCGAUAGAUCAGUAGACUCAAUGGCUUUAGUAAUCUUCUGGCAAAUAUGCUUAAAGGCAGCUUCCUGAAGCUUAUAAGCCAAGAUCUUUUUUUCUGAAAAACUCCAUGACUUUGAGGUAAUAAGUCUUCGAGCAUAAGAUUCUAAUCCCGAGAAAGAAAAAUUAGGAUUAUGUGCCUUUUCACCAGUGCUCAUGGGGUUCGGUGGAUUACAAUCUACAUUCAAAUCAUCGAGAGUGGGAGCAGCAAAUUUUUCAAGAGCUGCAGCUGGCAUUUGAUUAUUCCAAGGAAUUUCUAAAUAUUUGGCACAUUUAUCCAGGUAAUCACCAACAGCUAUGUCAGUUGUCGAUGCCAAGAUUUCAUGAGCAACAACCGAUCUGGAUAAAAUUAAUAUAGUAUGGCCCCCAGAUACUAGAAUUGAAAGAAACGGAAAUGGGAUUUGAGACUCCAACUGCACUGUUAACGCAUGUGCUUGCUAAUGAUAAUAAUGAAUUAGCAUCUUCUUGAGAAGCGUUUAAUUAAAUCAUACCAUGUGAUGUAUCGCUAAAAGGGGCUUAUUAAGGCCAACAGCUAAACCCUUGGCAAAAUUCAAGCCAAUAGCUAAAGGACCUAGCAUUCCAGGACCACGGGUUACAGUUAUAAGAUCAUAGUUAGAAACACCUAACGAUUGAGACUGUUUUAUAGUUUCGUAAACAACUCUUGCCAGGUUCUUUUGAUGUUCUUGUAUAACAAUUGAUGGAUGUAUUCCCCCAUACAUUUCAUAUUUUGAAAGUGUUCGAUGAGUAUUGAGACAAACAAUGUUUGGUAAGGACUCGCUCGAAGUUUUCUGGACACUGUUUCCGUUAGCGGCAAUUUCACCUGGGCUCACAGAAUAGUUGCUUACACGGCCACAGAAGUAUCAUCACAAGAUGUCUCGAUUGCUAGAGAUGUAAUCUUCCGACAUGAGGGUAUCACUCUCGUACAGUUGAAUCCAUAAUGUAACUGAUUGCUAAGUCUGUACAAUCGAUGCAUUACCAAAAAGAACGGAAGUUAUACCAUUUACUUUAGAAACUAUUUAAGUAACAUGAAUUUUGGUUUACUGUG